AGCUUAUCGUUGAGCAGAGCGCAGCCUGUUCGCAUUUCAGCCUCUAGUUUAUGCAUAGACAUCACGAAACCUCGUUAUCUUUUUGCGGAUCCUUGGCAUUUAUUUUUCCCUUUCAUUCCUGCCUUUAUGAGAUGGAGAAGAGGGCGCUUUGGACAUCCUGUUAUUUUGUGCGCUUUGUAACCCUCAUCCUCUGCGCACCAGAGUCAGGCAACCUGCCACAGUGUAAAGAGACAGAUUACUACUUUGAGUACACAGAGUGUGACAGCACGGGCUCCAGAUGGAGAGUUGCCAUUCCUCACAGACAGGGGAGCUGCUCGGGCCUUCCAGAACCUGUCAGAGGCACAGACUGCACUUUUUCUUGUGAAGCUGGGGAGUUUUUAGAGAUGUCAUCCCAGCAGUGCACAUCAUGUGUGGCCGGCUCUUAUUCAUUGGGCAGCGGCGUGCGUUUCGAUCAGUGGGACUCCAUUCCUGCGGGAUUCAGCAGUUUGGCUACAUACAUGGACUCAGGAGGUUCAGGGGACGACUCAAUGACCUGCAACAACUCUUCAUGGACAGCUCAGGGAACUCACUUGGAAUCCAAUCGUGAUGACUGCACAGUAGCGCUGGUGUACGCGGUGCAUCUCAUGAAGCAGGGAUCCGUCUCCUUUGACUAUCAAUAUGUCGACAGCAACAUCUUCUUUGAGUUCUUUAUUCAGAAUGACCAAUGUCAGGAGAUGGACCAGACAGGGAGUGAGAAAUGGAUCAAACUCACCACUAAUGGAGAGUGGGGAACCCAUACGGUAAAUCUGAAGUCGGGAACUAAUAUUCUGUAUUGGAGAACCACAGGAAUGCUCUUGGGUGGGAAACCAGUGAAACCGGUCCUUUUGAAGAACAUCCAGAUCGAAGGUGUGGCAUACACGUCAGAGUGUUUUCCAUGCAGGCCGGGCACCUUCAGUAAAACCCCAGGCUCUUCCUCAUGUGACCUUUGCCCCAGGAACAAUUACUCUGGAAAGGGAGCCAGUUCGUGUACACCAUGCUCCAAGACACAGUACUCCCAGGAGGGAUGGUCACAGUGUAAAGAGAGACCUCCUUGUUCAGAGAAAGACUAUUUUCAAAUCCACAUGGCCUGUGAUAGUGACGGCAAGACCCAGAUACUGUACAGGUGGGUGGAGCCUCAGGUGUGCAUGGAGAAUGUGACUGGUUCUGUGACACUGCCCCCUUCUGGAGAGAAAGAGGACUGUCCACCCUGCAAUCCAGGCUUCUACAUGCACAACUCUUCCACCUGUUUACCUUGCCGUCAAGGCACUUAUUCUGAUGGCACCACAGAAUGUCAAAGAUGCCCGGGAGGAACCGAACCUUCUUUAGGAUAUGAAUACAAGUGGUGGAACAUCCUGCCGAGGAAUAUGAAAACUUCUUGUUUUAAUGUGGGCAACUCCAAAUGUGAUGAAAUGAAUGGUUGGGAGGUGGCUGGCGACCACAUUCGUAGCGGAGUGGGCGGCUCAGAUAAUGAUUACCUCAUCUUAAAUUUACGAGUGCCUGGAUUCAAACUUCCUACUUCUGUGGACGAUGCUUCAGCUACUGAGUUCAGCCGAAUCACAUUUAUCUUCGAGACCAACUGCAGCACAGAGUGUGAACUCUAUUUUAUGAUAGAUGUCAACAGGAAGAGCACAAAUGUUGUAGAAUCAUGGGUAGGGACUAAAUUGAGACAAGCAUACACCCACAUCAUGACCAAAAAUGCUUCGGUUUCUUACACAUGGGCUUUCCAACGCACCAACAAAGCCUCUGAUGUGCGCCAGUAUGUAAAUGACAUUGCAAAGAUCUACUCGAUCACGGUGACUAAUGCGAUGGAUGGCUCAGCGUCUGGUUGCCAUGCCUGUGCUAUGAUGAGUCAGCGGGACGGCUCUUCCUGUGUCCCCUGUCCUGCUGGACACUUCAUCAACAAAGACACCAACCAGUGCCAGGAGUGCCCAUCCAACACCUUCCUCUCUGGGCAUCACAUUUAUGGCCAGGAGGCCUGUCAGCCCUGCGGUCCUGGAAGCAAGAGCAACAAAGAGCACUCUUUGUGUUUUAACGACUGCACCUUCAUGUAUAUGGAGCUGAACCAAACGCUGACCUACGACUUGAGUGCCUUGAGUUCAGUGGGGUCAAUCAUGAACGGGCCUAGUUUCACAUCCAAGGGAACUAAAUACUACCACCAGUUUAAUAUCAGUCUGUGUGGGGCUGAGGGGAGGAAGGUGGCGGUGUGCACUGACAAUGUCACGGAUCUGUCCAGUAAGGACCUGCAAAAUGAAUCGGCUGACCUUAACAAUUUCGUCCAGACUUUUGUGUGCCAAUCGACCAUCAUCCCUGCAGAUGGACGGGGCUUCAGAACAUCCCUGUCAUCACAGUCUAUCAGCCUGGCUGACACUUUCCUUGGAGCUUCUGUUGAUAAUAGUCUGGAUGGGGUCACUGUCAGCUCAGACCUCUUUCCCAAGUCUUCAUGGAAAGUUCCAGAUAUCAACUUCUUCUAUCGCUCUCCACAGCCCACAGCAUCCUGUCUGAACGGCCGUAGCACAGUCGUGACUCUACGUUGCAAUCCUAAGAAGAGUGGACUUGGGGAGCUCACUGUGCCAAGCAAGUGCCCAGCAUAUUCAUUGAAAUGA